AUGUCGAGCACGUACGAUUUUAUUAUAGUAGGAGGUGGAACUGCUGGAUGCUUGAUUGCAAACCGCCUUGUUUCCUCCAAGAAAAACCCUUCGGUGCUUAUUAUUGAAACUGGUGAUCAUGGAGACGUGGACCAUAGGGUGCCAUACGCCAGAUAUCUCAACCUCUUUACUCGUCCGGAUCUGGAUCAUGGGUACCUGACAGCACCGCAAGUUGCAGUAAAUAACAAUGUAGUGCCUUAUGUAAGAGGAAAGGGCAUGGGCGGAAGUUCAAUGAUCAAUUUUAUGAUAUACACUCGCGGUGCCGCUGGUGACUACGAUGAAUGGGCCGAAUUAGUUGGAAGUGAUGAUUGGUCUUGGGAUACGGCUUUGAAGAGGUUUCAUAAGAUUGAAAAUUUCACAGGCAACAAUGGAGAAGAGUAUAAAAAUUAUGCUGAACCUGGGUCCAGCUAUCAUCAAAAUACCGGAACUGUGGGUGUUUCGAUCCAAUUUGAGGAGGAAACAGCCGCAUUGAUGGACGCUGCAUAUGAGCUAGGCUGGCAGAAAAAUCUGGAUCUUAAUAGCGGAAACCCCAUUGGUGUUGGACCCUCGGUCUCAACCUUACAUGAGGGAAUGCGUUCCACCAGUUCUUCGGCGCAUAUUCAGUUAGAUACUCCAAAUCUGACAAUUAUGGUAAAAUCACAAGCUACCAAAAUAUUGUUUGAAGGCACAAAAGCCAUUGGUGUUGAAAUCAAUGGUAAACUCUCAGUUUAUGCUUCCAAGGAAGUCAUUUUGAGUGCUGGAGCAAUCGACACCCCCAAAUUAUUGCUGCUCUCCGGUGUAGGUCCCGCAAAGGAGUUAGAAGCUCUUGACAUCAACGUCAUCAAGGAUCUUCCUGGCAUCGGCAAAAAUAUGCAAGACCACUGUGGUGUUUUUAUUGCUGAUUUAGUGGACAAUGCCAUGUCAUCGCGUGUGCCAUUCAUCCACAAGAUGGACCAGUACGAAGAUGCUCGAAAACAAUGGGACAACGACCGCACUGGCCCUUUAGCUACCCACUAUAAAGCACUUUGCCUUGCUUUCUUGAAGCAAGACCACCUGUACGAUACUCCAGAGUUUAAAUCUCUGAGCGAACAAUUAAAGUCCUAUUUACAGAGGCCAACCGUUCCCAUGGUUGAAAUUGCUUUCAAUGGGCCAACGUAUCCUCCAGGACAUGUUUUUGGGGAAGAAAGCACUUCCUUCUGCGUGGGAGCUAUUUUAUUGCACCCAGAAUCUCGAGGAUCAGUCGCUUUGAAAUCAUCCAAUCCCUUUGAUCCACCCAUUAUCGAUCCUAACUAUCUAAGUCAUCCAUUUGAUCGACUCUCCAUGAUUGCUGCCAUUCGGGAGGCAAGAAGACUGGUUAAGGAAACCUCAUUGAAGAAACACUGCAUUCAGCCCAUUUUAGCACCAGAAGAUGAUACCGAUGAAGCUAUCUGGGAAUACAUCAAGGGUUUCAUUUCGUCUAUUUGGCAUGCUAGUAGUACUGUAUCCAUGGGAAAGGCUGAUGAUCCAAUGGCUUGUGUCGAUGCAAGUAUGAACUUGCAUGGUAUGCAAAAUAUCAGGGUUGCAGAUGUGAGUGUCUGUCCACUUGCGAUUAGUGGACAUACUCAAUCUGUAGCCUAUCAGAUCGGUCAGGCAGCAGCAGAGAAGAUCGUAGAUACACAUGAUUUAAAUGCCUAAACGGCAGCUGUAGUCAUCUCUUAC